AUGUUUAGAUAAAGGAGAUAUUUUUGCCAAUCCAUAACUUUUUAUUAAAGAGAAUAGUACCUAAACAAAGUGAUGAAGGAUUGCGAAGAUUGCUUUAAGUAAUUGGAUCAACAUGGCAAAUCAAUCAAGAGAGAGACCAAAGAUAUGUUCAUUAAAUUCACUUAAGGAAAGGUAGAAUAGAUUAAUCAAAUUAUUUAGUUGUAAGAACAGAAGAAACUCUUGGAAACUGAUUCCGUUGGAGUCUUUUCAAUGGUUUUGGAUAUCAUAGAAAACCUUAUUCAUGAUAAGCCUUUGAUGUCUUAUAUUCUGACGACAAUUGAGGCAAUCAUCUCAGGUAUGUCUCACAAAUGAUUCAAAUAGACAAUCAGAGAUUAUUUAAACAAUUUAUGAGAGCCUUGACUCCCCAAGUAUUGCCAAAGUUGAAGUAAUUCUUAUUCCUUGAUGGAUAUGAUCCAAUGGCAUAUGAGGCAGCUGCCAAAAUUGCCACCAUGAUAAUAGCUGAGGAAGGAGGAAAUGAUGCAAAGGAAUGGGUGAUACUCUUCUUAGGAGGAAUAGGUAAUCACACUAUAUAUUAUCACCAUUAUAGGAAAUAAAUUAAAAAUUGCAGAUUUUAUGAUCAUGCCAAUUUGUGUUCAUUUCUUGAAACACGAAGCUCUUGCAAUUCAAUUUAUUAAGAGUGGGGGAAUUAGGAUGUAUUUAUGUUUGUUCAUUUAGAAUAUCGAAUUUAUUAUCGAAAUAUUCAACAGAUCUAUAGAUUGCAUAUUAUACAAUUUUAGCUUUAUGGCUGCUCAGUUUUACAAAUGAAUCUAUUCCAUUAUUUAGUGAUCCCACCAUUGGGUUGAUCAGAUUGAUAAUAGAAUCAGUGUAGAAGAUAUCAAGAGAGAAGAUCUUAAGAGUUUCAUUUGCCUGCUUUCGGAAUUUAGUUGAUGUGUCACCUUAAUGUAUAGAAUUAAUGGUUGAUAACGGAUUGAUCAAAGUAGUUGAUUUGCUUUUGAAGGGAAAUCUAAAAGAUUAAGAUUUGAUCGAUGAUAUCAAGUAUGUUGGGGAAAUAUUGGAGAAGAAUAUGAAAAUAUUAACGUAAAUUAAUACUCUAUGCAUAGAUCUUUUGAGAAAUAUGUUAAAGAAUUGAAUGCCUAAAAUCUAACAUGGAGUCCAGUUCACACUGAAAAGUUUUGGAAGGAGAAUGUCAAGAAGUUUGAAGAGAAUGAUUUCUUAUUGAUAAGGUAAUUCAAUUAAUUUUGAGAUUAGAAAAUUGGCAGAAAUUCUAAAAUCAAAUAACAAUCAAAAUGUGGCAGUCGCUUGUUACGAUUUGGGAGAGUUUUGUAGAUUCCAUCCUUUUGGAAAAGUGUAAGUGAAUUAUAUGAGUAUAGAGUGUUAGAGCAAUUGAAUGCAAAGCAAGAGAUUAUGAGAUAAGCUAGAAAUGAUGAUUAAUAGAUCAGAGAACACGCUUUGCUGUCCUUGUAAAAGAUAAUGUUGCAUAAUUGGUAAGUUUGAAAGAAG